AUGGAUGUCUCUCAACGAGGCAUGCUUCGGCUGGGUGACCGCGAAGCACCAUCGCAUAAGCUAUUUGAAGGAGGAUACAUCGCACGAUAUAGUGUCAUCAAAAACUCGUGGAAAGGUAAGUACAUGCGUAUUUUCUGUAUCGGGCACAAGCACAUCGCAACGAUUAAUCCACAGAGCAUUUUCCGCGUCACCAACACCUGGGAUUACCGGACGCAGCUCUUGGAUGUCUUGCCCACCCCACAUGGUUUGACCGACUUCACUGUCACCACGGGAAGUACCGUUAAAAGUGAGACAACAACUUUCCACUGCAACACAGUCAUGGAACGUGCCGAACUGCUCACGGACGUGCAGAGGAACCGCGUGCUGUUCGAUGCCAGGUACCAGCAGCAGGCAGCCAGGCAUGUGUAUCCUGCGCGGAAGUACUGCUAUGAUGAAGAGUACCGUAACUGUCACCUCCGCGUCACAAACAUUGCCGUUGAGCAAGUGGAUCACGAGGGGAAUGUUGUUGGGGAAUACCUCUUCCUACACAUUAAAGGUCUCACGUCGAUUCAGGACAAUCCCCGAAGCCUCGUGAUCCUUUAUGGGCCGCAGAUGAAAAUGCACCUGUAUGAGAUGGACAACCCCGUAGAGGUGGUUCAGCUCAUCACUGAAUUUUCGAGGCGUUUCAUUGGUCUGCCGCCCCUCCGUGAGGUGCAUACCCUGAGCCAGCAACAGUUCGACGCGGACCGUCUCGGGGUUGACAGGGUGGAGCUGGCAACAACGGCAGAUUUUACGGUGAUGAAGCUAAGCCUGAAGCACCGCGACACGCCGGUGCGCCGCGUACUCGCGACGACGCGCAACUGUGUGAUGGAGUUAGACCCUGCUACUUACAAUCCCGUCAACGUGUACUUUUUGGCUGACAUUUACGCGCUCAUCCGCUGCGAGGGGGAUGACCAGCGCUUCAUGAUUCAGUACAAGGAGCCGGCAGUAGUGAAGGUGUACGUGUCACCUAUGCGUGAUGCGCUGCUAGCACAUCUCGUGGAUUGCUGCCGCGCUGGGGGUAACAUUAAUGCGUGCAUCGUCGCGGAGAUGUUUGAUAGAGGCAAACGUGCCACGCCGUUCCGUAUGGCUGUGCCGGAGGAGAUUGAAAGCACGCUUCUCAACUGCCUCAUUGACCCUUUCAAGAGUGGAGGUCUUGUCACCAUGACAUUUUCAGACGUGGUGAACUUCUUCAAUGCCAACAUUGAGUACAUGGGUCUGCGCGUCACGGAAAAUCGUGAUGGCCUCUUCGCUGAAAAUAGGGAGAAGAAGAUUUUUAGCGCAUUGGUGGCAGUAUUGAACAACUUUCCUGUGAGUGAUGACCCAUUAGUUGUUGUGCAGCAGUUCUAUGCACUUCGGCGACUCUGUGUCACCCGCACCGGAUUCAGUUCCGUCGCAGUUGUGCCCUCAUUUAUUAAGAACAUUGAGGCUGCAAGCAUGAAGGCACUUCAGAUAAAUAGUGUUGUGGUUUCUCAUGCGGUGAUUGAUUUUCUGUGUGUUCUCUUGACACCGCACCAUGACCACUAUGAGUUAGCCCAUGAAGAAGCAAACAAGAACCGCAUUCUUGGUCAUGCGCAAUUCGUAAAUCAACUGUUGCGAUUGCUACAUGACUAUACGGAAGCGGAGAGUGCCUCUCUUGUUGUACAGUCUCUGCUAGAUUUUUUUGUCUAUGCACUGUGUCCACCGUAUUGUGAGACAACUGAGGCAAUGCUGUUCACCUCCGUUAUGAAGGAAAUGGUGGACACAAUGGGGAAGGGGUUAUUCACUCUUAUGCAGCAUACCUGUAAUGCCAUGAGCUAUAGUGCGGGUCAGCUUAUUCGUGUCAUUAUGGAGGAAGGCACUAGCGAGCAGUUUUUCGCCAUGCAGCUGGCAUCCCUCAGUGAAGGCGGUAUUCUAGGGCAGCUUCAUCUAGCCAUUUUUAGCAACAACCGUAAGCUCCGCGAUCUCGCCCGUCAACUCAUCGCCUACUGGACGUACCAAAACACAAAUGUGCAAGACCUGAUGCGCGCCAUGCUUCCGGCUACGUUGUUGCUCUACCUCCAGUCAAAGGAGGAGCCACCAGAAGACGAGGUUGAAAAGGGAAACCAAAGGAAUGUUGUAGCGAUGUCGAACGCCUUCUGGGAAUCCAAGCUUGGCUGGUUCAAGAAGCGUUUCCACCCGAGCAAUGUGAUGGGGAACACUUCCACGUACAAUCUGUCCAUGACCUCUGGGGAGAAUGUGUACAAGCGUCCCCGGCACGUGAAGGUGAAGCCAACACUGAACUGGCCGAUGCUGUUCUACCAGAUCAAGCAGGAUCACGCACGGCCGGACCUCAUCUGGAAUCACACAACGCGGAAUGAACUUCGUGAGGCGCUAGAGACAGAGAUGCGGGCACUCAAAGUCGGUAUGGGGCUCCGCUCUGAAGUCGCUGUCUCGUGGAACUACCGCGAGUUCGAGGUGCGGUAUCCCAGUCUCGAUGAGGAGCUCAAGAUUGGCCAACACUACCCGCGUCUCCUAUUCGAGACAAAAGACCCAGUGAUUGCGCAGCCCAAGGAAUUCUUCAACGACAUGUAUCACAGGUUUUUGCUCUCACAGGACCAUAAAACGAAGUUAAACUGUUUGCAUGGAAUGUCAAUUCUGUAUGAGCACUACGCCGAGGUGAUUGGGCAAUUUAACGACGUAGAAUACAUCGUGAAGAUGCUUGAGGCAACAUCCGAUCCAGUUUUUCGAGACCGCUUGCUGAAUUUCAUCUUACAACUUCUCCGCAUCCGCUUGAAUGUAAAACUCUUCUUGGACUGUGAUGGACUUCGACCACUCGUCGAUCUGCUGUCGGUCGCUCACCUGCACGUGGAUAGACCACAGUUGCACAGCGCGACGAAUGCCAUUGAAUGCGCCGGAUCUCCGAUGGAUUUACAGGAUCAGGAAAAGGAGUGGUUCUACACGCAGGGUGGUGCUAAACAGGAUCCGGUGUCGUACAUCCGACUUAAACAGCUCUACGAGGAGGGAGUGGUAACGGGUGAUACCAAAGUGUGGGCUCAGGGACUCUCGGGUUGGAAAGAGUUUAAGGAUGUGCCGCAGCUGCGCUGGGGCAUCAUUGCGAACAAGAGCAGCAAGCUUCUCACUCUAACUGAGGUUUCAAGCACCAUCCUUGAUAUCUUUUUGCUGCUCUGCGCCUAUUACCCUUCAAAGGAUGAGACUGGUGCUGUCAUGCAGCCUCUGCCGCGUGUGAAGCGUUACCUAUCAGGUCCACAGGUUCUUCCACACAUUGUGCAGCUGCUGUUGACAUUCGACCCUGCCCUCUGUACCCGCGUUCAUUCACUUCUCUACACCAUCAUGGAGGACAACCCGCUCGUGUCGCGCUUCUUCCUUACUGGGGUGUUUUUUUUCGCUCUUCUUUACACUGGCUCCGAUGUGCUUCCAUUAUGUCGUCUGCUUCACCUAUCACACCGUCGACAGGCGUUUCAAUUCCAACACGACAACGAAAUCAUAAGGCUGAGUAUUCUCAGUCCGAUGCUCCCACCAGCGCUCGUAUGCUUCCUGACGCACCACGGCCCAGAGCGCUUUGCUGACGUUUUUCUCGGUGAGUACGAAACACCAGAGGCUAUUUGGGGCAAAGCAAUGCGGAGGUACCUUGUCGAAAAGAUCGCCAGCCACAUCGCCGACUUCACGCCGAGGCUACUGGGCAACAAUCGUGCUGUCUACCAGUACUGCCCCAUCGUGGGCGUGGUGUACGACCAGCUAGAGAAGGAGCUUUUCUGCUCGCAGUACUACCUACGCCACUUCUGUGAUGAGUUGCACUAUCCUAAUUGGCCCGUUGCUGACCCCAUCUCUCUCCUGCGCGAAGUAUUGGAAACGUGGCGGCGCGAGCUCGACCAGCAGCCCAGUCGCCUAACUCGCGAAGGCUGCUUGGUUGAACUUGAGAUUUCGGACCACAGCAACCUGACACCGCAGCUCGUGCGUAAGGCAUACUUCAAACUGGCGGCGCAGUACCACCCAGACAAAAACCCCGAUGGACGGGAGAAGUUUGAACGUAUUCAAGUGGCGUAUGAGUUCUUGGCUUCUGAUACGGUUGUGUCGGAUUCCCCUAGGCCCCACAAUAUUGCCCUCCUGAUGCGAACACAAUCUAUUUUGUUCAGGCGUUUCAGUGAGGUCAUGAGUCACUACAAAUACGCUGGUUAUGGUCUAUUGCUGAAGCUCAUUAAGUUGGAGUUUGAAGACCAGGAAAUGCUACGUAAAGAAGUCGUACUCAUGGAGCCAGCGACAGAGCUAUGUUACUUCACAGUGCAGAAUGUCCCCCUCAAUGCUGACGAGUUGCAAGAGGAAGGUGGAAUUGAACUUCUGUCAGGUGUAACACAGCGAUGCUUUGAGACUAUAACACCCAGCGCCACUGAUGAUCUGAACCAUGUGAAAAUUGUGCGGCACUGUAUGAACACGUUUCGCGUGGCUGCCGAGUUCCCCGACUGUCGCCGCCACAUUCUCAACGAGCCGGUCAUCUGUCACCUCGCCUCAAAGGGUAUUGCAUAUGAGAAUGCUGUGGGCCUCUCGCGUGCCUGUAUCCAAGCCUGUCAGGCGUUUUGCGUGGAUGAGACGCUGCAGGGAUUUGUUGUGAAGGCAGGAGCCAUCUGGCAUUUGCUGCUCUUCCUUUUUCGUUACGAUUAUACAUUAGACGAGAGCGGUGUUGAACUGCAGGAGGAGCACCACACGCAGCUGUUUGCCAACAAGGCUGCGGUGUACGCUCUGCGGGCAAUUUACGCCUUGGCGGGGAUUCAACCUUGUGACACGUAUCUGGAGACAAAACCCAAUGCUGACAUCGUCUGUUUGCUCCAGAAGCUGCUUACACCGUACAUUGUGCAGAGGAUGCGGAUGCUUCCUGGUGGUGAGAAGGAUAUACUGAAGUUACUCAACAGCAACCAUGAAACGCCAUACCUGCUGUGGAACAACUCUUCCCGACGUGAGCUCAUGGAUAUGCUUCGUGUCAAUUCCGACAAAUGCCUUGAUGCAGGCAUGUUUGGUGAUGACCUUCCUAGCCUGAGAGACGACAACUUUACAUACACCAUUCAUAAAGGGGAACUUAUUGUUGGUGGUAUCUUUGUGAGGGUGUACAAUGAGCAACCGACGUUCAUAAUUGAGGAUCCUGCGGCGUUUUGUUGUGCAAUGAUAAAACUGUUGGCGUAUCAAUUGGUAGGCAGUACCUCUAUUGGUGUUCUUCUGACUGUGGAAGCGAUGAAGAACUUAUUUCUCGCGUACCCAAAGGCAGAUGUUAUCGCCGUUGUGGAGCAAAACGUGGGAAUUCUAGUGAAGGUAUUGUCAUAUGAUGAUAUUGAUAUCAUCAUCAAGACGGCGGAGCUGUUUGAAAAGAUAGCCCUUCACCCUAAAUGUCUGGAGGCGAUGGGAAAGGUGAACAAUACCAUAACAGAGGUUAUCCUCGCCAUUGAUCGCGCUGGUGAAGCAGUUGAACCAAGUUGUUUGGCGUUCUUGCGGAUUGCUCUGUCAGAUAAUGGGACGGUGCAGCAGGCAUUGGAUCGUGGAUUGUAUGCGCUCCUGCUUCGUAUCUUCGGGACGACUCCUCUGCAAGAGUGCAAGGACGCUGUCUGUGCAUCCUUAGCCAAGGCUUGUACAGAUAAUCUGUGUGGUCCCAAGGUCUUUUUGCGUGCCUCCAAGCUCAUUCCUCCUGUAAUGCUGGAGAUGAUGAAGGAGAACCCUGCAAAUGCCUGUCAACUCUUUGACACGUGGCAAGAAACACCGGAAUUAAUAUGGAAUAAAGAACGCAAAGCACGUUUCGUGGAGAAAUGCGCUGCAUGUCAGGCGGAUAUUGUUGAAUUGCUUCGACAUGACCCUGUAGCGUAUUGGAAGAUACCUGAGAAUAUUGCGACAGAACGAAAUGAGGACGUGCAACUUGGAGGUGUAUACUUGGAGCUGUACCUAAAACAACCUGGAUGGACGGUGCGCAAGCCGAAGGAGUUUCUUGCGGCACUGCUGGAGCGUUUCAUAGAAGACUGCAUGAAGCCGAAAGAUGAACUGAACGCGGAGACAAUUGCCCUCGUGACAGAGGCGGGCUUACGCCUGCUGCAGGUGACCCCGACGGUGACAGACCACAUUGUCUCACUCGGUUAUACGCAAAAGUUAUUUAAGCUGUUGGAGUCAGAGGAAGAUGUGGUAGCAGGGAACGCGCUGAAGUGGGUUCACGAAGAGUGCGCUUCUGUUGCGUGUGUGGAGAGCCUCGUGAACCUCGACCCUGUUGCCUCUCUCCUCUCCUACCUGCGAGGGCAUCCGUCGCAGCUGCCGCUGCUAAUGGACACGCUGGAGCGACUCUUGUCACGAUCCUCUGAACGAGUCAAUACGGUUCGCUUGGCCCUCCUCAACCACCUCCCGCAGCACCUCCUGGAGCUGUUGGAGAACGGCAUCACACCAGAUGCGUGCGGGGAUCACUCCCCCGCUGCUAUGCGCGCAUUAAUUAUCAAGGUGAUCAAGGCAAUGGUGGCUGUGCAGGAUCCAGUGCAUGGCCUCCAGCUGGAGAGUAUUCUUGCAGAAAGCAAGGUUUGGGCAAAGUACAAAGACCAGAGUCAUGACCUUUUUCUCACCAAUACGCGUUUCGGUGGCUACUUGGAAGGGACACAGCAGCAACACCAACUGUCGCUCAUUGCCCCUGCCACACAACACGUAACCAACGACAACGAUCCUCCACCGGUGUAA